UUUUGUUUUUGAAAAGGAGGAUAAGCCCCGACUUCUACAUCGAGUAAGUUUCACGUAAAUCUUGUCUCACAUAAUUAAAGUUUCUGCAUGUACUCACCAGAGAACGCUAAUAAUCAGAUAACCAAUAUAGGAAGAACAAGAUAUAACCCAGAAGUUCAUAAUAAAAUAAAAUUGCUAAACACUAAAUCGCCAAACGUCAUGCAAAUGCAAGCAGGCGUUUUCCGCAAAAUGUGUGGUACAGGGUUGUUGGAGGAUCUGACCCGUACAUUCGAGAUCCAAAGGCCCUUGUUAGAGAUUCCAAGUUUUCAUUGGAUACUUUCUCAUUUCGAACACCCAUGGCCACAAGGUCUUGGGGUUGACAUGGUAGAGGUUAGUCGCAAUGUGUAACGAUCGACACUUGCCGCGGCUGCGAAUUCUCACAGCGAGGGCUGAAGCACCCUUCUUGCGGGGCAUAUAGUAGUAUAUAUUUCCAAUCAAGUUGCAAAGGUCAGAAAGUUGACUAAUUCUUCGUCGCCGGAAUUUGCUUCGAUUAACUGGACCUCAAAUUUUAUAUAGUUGAAACUGAAUCGUCACUCAUAUGGGUGCAUGAUCGAUACCUAUAGCUAGCUAGCCAUACCUGCCUAUAAAUACGUAUGCGCAUCUGCAUAGCUAGCACACCACCCAUGCAACUGUUGUAUGCUAGACUAGAGUACAGGCGUGUGGAGAACACAUUACUUGCCGAUCGACGCCAUGGACGAGCAAGGCCCCGCAAAGCCCAUGGCCAUGGCCAUCAAGUUCUCUAGCUGCCGUGGCGUCGCCUUCGAGAUCAAGCCCUCGCCGGCAAGCCCCUUCGCUCUAGACACUGCUACCAGUCCUUCCGACUCGCCGCCCGCCGAAUCCGGUGGCGGCCGAUGGGUGUGGUUCCCUCAACCUUUCAACCGCAAUUACUCCACCACGAGCUUCCUCACGGCGCGCAGCCGUGCGAGCACCCACUUCUGCGACCUCGACGACAUCAGCGAUGGCGACACGGACGAUGAGUCUGUCGCUACGGACGAGGAGAUAGCCCUCACCGCCGCUGACGUUUCUCGCGUGCAGAGCAGGAGGUCGAACGCGCCGGCUAAGCCUGUGAGGGCGGCGGCUGGGCACUCCAGGCUCGGCGUCAUACUGCUCGACCAAGGCUUGUUCACCGUGUACAAGCGCCUCUUCAUGCUCUGCGUCGCGCUGAACGCGGCGGGGCUCGCUGCCGCGGCGACCGGCCGCUUCCCUUACGCCAAGCGCCACGCCGCCGUCUUCACCAUCGGGAAUAUACUGGCGCUCACGCUGUGCCGCUCCGAGGCGGUGCUCCGGGGAGUCUUCUGGCUCACCGUCGCGCUCCUCGGCCGGCCAUGGGUGCCGGUCGCCGUAAAGACCGGCGUCACGGCCAUCCUCCAGUCCCUCGGCGGUGUCCACAGCGGCUGCGGCGUGUCGUCGCUGGCGUGGCUGGUAUACGCGCUCGUGCAGGCGCUCGAGCUCCGCGGCGUGACCCCACCCGAGAUCGUGGGCGUCGCGUCCGCAAUACUCGGCCUGGUUGCACUCUCGUGCCUCGCGGCAUUUCCGCUCGUGCGCCACCUCCAUCACAACGUGUUCGAGCGUACGCACCGAUUCGCUGGAUGGAGCGCACUCGCACUGCUCUGGGCUUUCGUCAUGCUCACUGCUGGCUACAACCCGGCGAUCAGAUCUUACCACAGGCUGACCGUCGCCUCCCUGGCUAAGCGCCAAGAGCUAUGGCUGACGGCCGCCAUCACCUUCUUCACCUUCCUCCCGUGGCUCUCCGUGCGCCGCGUGCCGGUCACGGUCACCGCGCCGUCUACCCGCGCGUCCAUCAUAACCUUCCAAGGCGGCGUCAAGGCCGGCCUGCUCGGUCGCAUCAGCCGCUCGCCGCUCUCCGAGUGGCACGCCUUCGGCAUUAUCUCCGACGACAGGGACACUCACGCCAUGCUCGCUGGUGCAGUGGGAGACUUCACCCGAGGCCUCGUCUCCGACCCGCCCGGCCACCUUUGGGUGCGUACAGUCCACUUCGCCGGGCUGCCCUACCUCAUCAGCAUGUACCAGAGAGUCACAAUGGUCGCGACCGGCUCCGGCAUAUGCGUGUUCCUGUCGUUCCUGAUGCAGCCGAGUUGGGCGGAGGUAUCUCUGGUCUGGGUGGCCAAGGACAUCGACGCCAACUACGGCGACGGGAUAAGAGCCAUGGUGACGAGCAAUGAGAACCUUGGAGGGCGUGUGAUCGUGCACGACACGAUGACCAUGGGGCGUCCCGAUGUCUCGGAGCUGGCCGUUGGCGCGGCACGACAGUGGGACGCGGAGGCGGUGGUGGUGACGAGCAACCCGGAGGGGAGCAGGGACGUGGUGAGGAGGUGCAAGAAGGCCGGCAUCCCGGCGUUUGGUCCUAUCUGGGACUCUUGA